AUGGCAACACGCGCUGCACCUCGGAGCGCUGACGAGGAGGUGGCAGCUACAGCGCGCGCUCCCUCCGGAGCUACCGCGCGGCCCAGCCGCCUAGGAGUGCCGCCCCCGCUGAGCAACUACAACUCCCAGCAGGCCGCGCUCGCGCCCCACCGCCUCCGCCCCGUGCGGGGCCUUCUGGGAGCGGUCCCGGCCCGCGCGGUAGCGCCCCAGCUUCGGGGUCCGUGGAGCGCAGCGCUCUGGCUCCCUCGUCUGGGGAGCCGUUGGCCGGAGCCGUCGUCGCCGGGGGGUGGUUCCCCGGCCAGUGAGCGCCUCCCCGGGCGAUGGGGCCGACAGCCCGGGCCACGGCGCGGCGGGGGUGACCGCGGGGGCUCGGCCCGACCCCUCCUGGGCCGCAGUCCCGGGUCCCGAGGGCGAGGCGUCGCGGCGCCGGCAGCGUCCGACGCAGCGGCGGCGGCGGCGGCGGCGGCAGCGGCAGAAGCAGCAACAGCAGCAGGAGGACGAGGAGAAGCGGCGGCCCAGUGCGGGACCGGACCCGGCGUUGGGCGAGCGAUGCGCGGAGGCUGCCCCACCGCCGCCCCCGGUCGCCACCUCGCCUCCUCGAGUCCACAAAGCUUGGUCGCGGCGGCGGCGGUCGUCCAUGGAGCUCGAGAACCUCUUGGCCAACUCGAUGCUGCUGAAAGCGCGCCAAGCUACUCACCAAGGAUCCCAGGCAGCACCUGGGCUGCAGGGGCGAAGGAGUGGCUGAAGUCAAGGGACACCCUGUGUUCAGGGACAUUAACUUCAAGAGGCUGGAGGCCCACGUGUCAGACCCCCCUUUCCGUCCUGACGGACGUCCUGGACAUCGAGCAAUUCUCCACGGUGAAGGGCAUCCGCCUGGACAGCACCGACUGCACCUUCCACAGCCAGUUCGUCACGGGCUGUGUCUCCAUCCCCUGGCAGAGCAAGAUGACCGAGUCUGAAUGUUCCAAGGACAUCAACGAAAGGGGAAAUGUGGCAUUAGAUCCAGAAGAGAAGACAUAUCAGCCAGCUCCCAGACAGAAGAGAGGCUUCUUCCACAGACUCUUCACUCGAGGGUCUGAGUUGCACGUCUCCAUGCCCAAGUGAGAGCCCUGACAGAGACAACAAAUCCAGGUAAGAAUUUUUACAGGGUGUCUGGCAACUUAGUAGAUUGAACAUGUCUUUUUUUUUUUCCUUUGUUUCUGAUUAUAAGCAAAUGUAUAUUUAUUAAAGAGAAUUUUGAAAUUAAGACGAG